AUGACGACGAAGAAGAAGCAGACGAAAACAACAACAACAACAACAACACCAACAACACCAACGACGAGAAAGAAGAAGAAGAAAGAAUCAUCAUCGUCUUCAUCUUUUCUUCGUCGACACAUCAUCCUGCCAAUCUCGGACGUCUUCGUGGCGAUUAGAUCCAUGAACGUGCGACAGUUAACUCUGCAACUUUUAUCUUUGACGCUCAUCGUGACCAGCGCUUUAAUGAUUUGGAAGAGUUUGUGCUUAUACACGCACUCGGAAAGUCCAGUCGUGGUGGUUUUGAGUGGGAGCAUGGAACCCGCGUUUAAACGAGGAGAUAUCUUGUUUCUCUCGUUGAAGAAGAUCAAAGAAGAAGACAUCGAAGACGAAGAACGGAAAACGAGAGUCGGGGAAAUUAUCGUCUUUUCAAUCGACGGAAGGGAGAUUCCAAUCGUACACAGAGUCAUAAAGAGCCAUUUCCAUCCUUUCGUCUCUCCUCCUUCUUCCUCUUCCUCUUCUUCCUCUUCUUCUUCUUCUUUGCCGACGACGAUUAAGACGACGAAAAAGGAAAGCGGCGAAAACGAAAAAGACCAAGGACGCGGCGGUAAUACCAGCGGCGAGGACGGUUUGAGUAGCACUAGGAGCGAUGGUAGUGGUAGUGGUGAAGGUGAUGAUGAUGAUAAUAAUAAUAAUAGUAAUAAUAGUAAUAAUAAUAAUAAUAGCAGUGAGGAGGAAACUUCUUCUUCUUCUUCGUCGUCGUCGUCUGAAUCGUCGUUAUUCAAACACGAGAUGCUCACGAAAGGCGAUAACAAUUACAUGGACGAUAUCGGCUUAUACGCGCCCGGACAGAAAUGGUUGAACGAGAAACACGUCAUGGGAAGAACGGUUGGAUAUUUACCGCACGUCGGGAAAGCGACGAUUUUGAUGAACGAUCAUCCGAUGAUUAAAUACGCGUUGAUUUUCAUUCUCGGUCUUCUCGUGAUAUCCGGGAAAGAGGGAUGA